GAGCGCGAGCUGCAAUUCCAGGCGGAGGAAGGUUAAGAAGAAAAUAGGACAAAAACUUCAGUCACGCAAUAGAUUUUUUAAAAAUCGUAAAGGAAACACAAGCCUUUUCUUCGGUCCAGUUAUCUGUCGAUAUCUUCCUGCUGUCAUGAGUUGGGCGUUAGAGGAAUGGAAAUCUGGAUUACCCAGCCGGGCCGUGCAGAAAAUAGCGGAGUACGAGAGCCAGCUGGAGAAAUUAAAGAAGGAACGACAACAGAAACAGCUUCAGCUGGACAGUUUGGAAGUUGCAUUUCAAAAAGAAAAUAAGAAGCUUGAAGAUGAGAAGAACGAAAAUGCAUCAUUGAAGAGAGAGACGCAAAGCUUGAAGGAGGCGUGCACCAAUCUGGAGAAGGCACAGCAGAGAUUCUGUCACGAAGUUCAGGUGAAGGAGGCUCUGGUGUGCAGUCUGCAGGGCCAGCUGCUGGCAGCGAGGAAGCAGAUUGAUGAGCAGGAGCGAGAAAUAAAAAGGCUGGAAGCAGAGCUUGAGCGAAGUCAAAGGGCCUCAGCAGGAACAGAAUGUCACCUCCCCACUCCGACUAAGAGCUUUCCUGGGUGUACCGCGCUCAGCGUCGAGGAUCCGAAGUGGGUUGAACUGCAAGGGAAAUACAGCCGGGAGGUAGAGGAGAAGAAACGGCUGAGUUCUGAAGUGAAAGCAUUGAAGCUGCAGGUUCAACAGUUGCAAUUCAGCAGCAACAAGAACCAUCGCGAAAGUGCUCCGCAGCAGAUCAGAGCCUCCACCUUCUCCUGGCAGCAGGAGAAAGCACCCGCUCAGGUGGCUGAGAGUCCGGUUAGACACGGAUCCUCUUCCUCUGUGUUCCCGUGGGAACAGCCAAGGGCAUCCCUGUACCACAAUCCCAGGAGCCCACAGCAGAACAACAAGACCAGUCACCUUGAAUUGGAUUCCAAGGACAACCACCUGGAAGAGUCGGUCAGGGUGCAAGUCCAGGAACUGAGGAAAGAAAACCAAGUGCUGCAGUGUACGAUGUCCGAGCUGGAGCUCUGGGUUCAGUCCCAGGAGAAGGAGAUCAAAAACCACCUGAACAAGCUGCAGGAAGCGCAGUCGCUGCUGGAGAAAUGCAGAGGCGAGCUGGCGGCGAAGGAAUCGGCCCUGUGUAAGAGCAGGGACGACCUUGAGCGAGCAGCGGCGCAGCAGGAACAGGCGAGAAACAAGUGCGCACUCCUUGAGCAGAAGUUGAAGCAGCUCUCCGAGGAGCUGAACUGUCAGCGGCAGAACGCGGAAAGCGCUCGACGCACGAUGGAGCAAAAGACCAAGAGCAGGGAGAAGGAAUACCAGCAGGAACUGUCUGACCAGCAACGCGCCUAUCAAAGCCUUGACCAUCAGUGUAAACAGGAGAAGAACCAAUUGAAUCAGGAGAUCCAGCAGCUCAAGGCCGAACACUUGGCUUUACAGGCUAAAAUCAAUCAAAUGGCGGCAGGGAAGCGGCUGGUGGAUAAGGAGCUGGAAGAUGUCAAGGCAAAAUUGAGCUGGGCAGAGAAAGAGCUCGCAACUCACCAGAAGAAUGGGGACGACCUUCAGAAAAACCUUCAGUGUGCACUGAAGGAGAAGGAACGUGUUAGCGCCUGGCAAGAACAAAGUGCCCAGAGAAUCGUGCACCUCGAAGCACAGCUGAAGAGGCUGGAGCAACAGUUAGCAGAAAGUCAGAGGUCAAGGGAGGAGAUAAAAGCUGAAAACCUGGCUCUGGUGUCCCAGCUUGAAGACCUGCAAGAGAAGUUGCGCCUCCAGAGCAGGGCAGACCCGGAGAGCGUGGACCCAUCCUCGCACGACUCGAAUAGAAAUGAUGCAGGUGCGAUCAGCAAAUCCGACCACGAUGAAGAGCCCAAGACUUGUCAGUCAGAGGGUGAAAAGCCCGACGAUGCGGAGACAGUACUGAGAUCGCAGCCGGAAGCCACAGAGGAAGCAUUGGACUCGAUGGAAGGUAGCCAACUCGGAAAGGUGAGGCAGAGGGACGACUUGGACCCAGGCCCUGGGGGCGACGAGGAGGAUGAUCACACUACGGGCCCGGCAGUGAGCUUGGGAACUGAACCGUAUGGAAAACCAGAAGAAUCCCAAGUUUCGGAGAAAACAGUGAAAGCACUCCGGAGUUCUGAAGAGGAAAUGGAGACCAGACUCCCGGCGCUCAAGGUCGAAGCAAAGAAGGAAUUGGGAGCCAGUGCCGCAGAAACCACGGUGGUGCCUGAAGAAAAGGCCGAGGGGGUCGACAGACCUGACAAGCCAGAUACCAGGUACGCACGUCUUGGAGAAAUUGAACUGAAACUGGAGGAAGUGGAAGGGAAAAAUCAGGUGCUGCAGUGCGAGUUGGAUAACGUGAGGCGAGAACUCGAAAGCAAAGUGGCUGAGGGCCGGAAGGAUCGGCAGACUGUGGCAGAGCUGAGAAGGAAACUAAAGCAGGCUGCGAAGAGGUGCGCCGCAGAAGCCGAGCGCUCAAACGCGCUGGGUGCCCGUCAGGCGGAGCAGAUCGGUACGCUGGAAAAGGAGCUGGAGCAAGAGAGAGCCCUUGUGGUGAAGUUGCAGGAGGCCGCUAAGAUGUUAGAGGACGAACGCAGUAAAGCCUCCCGACUGUCGCGAUCCGGUGGUGGUCACGUGGGAUCGAGUGACGAAAUUGAGAUCCUGCAGAAUGCUGCAUCCAAGAAAAUGCAGCAGCUCCAGCAACAAAUUGUAGAUCUUAAGCGUGAAGAGGUUUGCAUUGAGGAGAUCAUGAAGGCCAACAGUGAAAACAGAGACGCACUGGAGCCUCUCAAGCAGAGAGAUGCUCAAAGCCUUGAGCUCAGUCAGCUAUCUUCAGAUUCCUCAAAUCACUCGAAUGAUGAUCCAAGUGGAACGAUGGAACGCAAGCUCGACGAGGAGAAUCUUGGCUUCACGGGAAUCACGAAGGGAGGUGACAAAAGUCGAGAACUUUUCCUGGAAUGCCUGAGGAGCCAGGUGCUUGAACAGUCUGGGUUUAGCAAUCAGUUGAAAGAGCUUCAGAAGCACUUGGCUGAACUGCAGCAAAGAUGCGAAGCGUUGACCAGAGAGAAGGAGGAAGCAGGGGAAGCCAAACGACGGGCCCAGGACAUGUUUGAUAACCUACAGUCCAGGAUCCACAGUGAGACCCAGCAGUUAACAGUCGCCCUGGAAGCCCAAAGCAAGAACAUCGAGGAUCUUCUCCUGAGCCUGGAGGAGAAGGACGGCAUUAUUCAGGUCCUAAACAGGCGUUUGCGGGGUGCUUUAAAAACUUUGGCGUGCAUUAAUCAGGAAAACCGAGACCUGAAGGCUAACUUGAAGACUGUCACGGUGACGUCUGAGGGAAAUCGUGUGAACCCCCCGGAAGAGGUUGUGCUGGAACAGAGCCGCGGACGGGUUCCUCAAGCUAACCAAAGUGCGCGUGAAAAUAGCAGCCCGUCGUCGAUGGCUUCCUCAGCGCAUGGUGCUGAAGAGAACGCGCAGGAAUCGGAGCCGGGAAGGGUGCAACGAUUGGAGCCCGGGCGCCGUGAAAAUGCUUUUGAUGAUCCGCUGCUUCUGCCCCGGGAACAGGUAACUGAAGCGUCCUGCUGUAAUGACCAUGAUGAAGCAAAGGUGCCCUUGCUGAAUAGUCCCGCCGCGCAAAACGUACCCGGGACAGAUGAGGUUGUUGAAAAGCAGCUGCCGGGUGAAGAAACCAUCCACUUCAGAAACGUGCUUUCUGACGAUGCGCUUGUAGCAGGCGAGCAAAAGGCAGACUCCGUUCCCCGAGGGGCGCAGGGGACGGCCUCCCCGCUUGACUCUGAGCGGCAGGCUGUUGCCCAAGUGAAGCAGGGCGCUCAGAUCCAAAGGCGGCUUGGUCGUGAAGGGUCUGGCAGCGGCGAUGUCGUGAAGGACGGCCAACACAUCAGAUGUCCAGACGGCUUGCAGGUAAAUGUUGGUGAGCGGGGAAAGGGGAUGACAGUCCUUUGUGACAAGGAGACCCAAUCCGAAAAUGAACCACUGAUAGAGAGGGCCACAGGAAGUGCUGACACCCGGACAAAUACCCCUGGUUUAGAAGAAGAGAAGCCAGCGGGAGAGCUUACUGAAGAAGUGGAAGGUGUGAAUCACCGAUUGAACGAAGAAAGAAGUCAGGGAGUAGUUGACACUCUGAAUGAGCGGUUGAGCUGUCUAGAUGAAAAAUGCAGAGUACUGGAGCGAGAAAAGGAGUGGCUGAGUUUGGAAGUUGGAAGGCUGCAGGAGGCAGCCAGCGGCUUGCAGCGUGAGAAAGAUGGCUUGAUGGCCACGAUCCAGUCCGGCGAGGCCCUACGUGAAGUGAGCACCGACGAGCAGAGCCGUCUCCGGGAGGAGCUGGCGGCGUUGCAGGAGUGGAAGCAGCGAGUUUUGGAAGAUGCCGCUACCUCAGAAGCUCAGGAAGCGAGCGGCCAGGUGGAACUGCGCUCCUUGCGGGGCUCUCUGCUGGAAUGGCAAAGCCAGGCCGAGACGCUGGCAGGAGAAUGCAGGUCCUUGAAAGAUACAGCUGAAAAUGCAAAGGUUUUGCAAAGACACCUUCAGCAGGAAUUGCAGCAAGCCCUUUCUGAAAAGGCUGUUCUGCAGAACCAGGUGGAGCAUCUACAGAAUCUAGCAGCUGAGCUGAAUAAAGAGAACAGUUACCUGCAGGGCCAGUUGAAGCAGUGGGAGAGUCCACCUACAGAUAAGGAGGUGCCCACGGAUUGUCGACAGCAGAGAGGCCUUCAUGAUGAUCUCCUUCUAGCAAAUAUCCAACAGCAAGACGCUGCUCAGAUCACAGCAAGGAAGAUGCAGGCUGACCUGGAGGCUUUGAAACGAACUGUGCAGAAGAAAAAUGAGGAAGUUGACCAUAAUCUCCUCGCGUACGCGGAUUUACCGAAUGGACAUCGAGAACCCGAGAUAGCGCGGUCCGCCACCGCCGAGUCGCCUCCUCCUCGGGCAGAGCCGGAGAACCGAGGGGCGUCUGCAGGUUGCGAGCCAGAGCCCUCGGCUGAUGGGUUCGCUGCGGAAGCUGAACGGGGCCCGGCUGACCCCGGCGAGAGGUCAGAUUAUGUCGGCCAGCCUGCGGGUCGCUCGGCGAGGUCGAACUUCGGAGAACUUGCAAUGAGGAUCAACCCGGCAGAGCUCGCCACGAGAAUACGGAGGAGCCGCCAGUUCCGGAAUCACCUGUCCGUGGCGUUUGACGAAACGGAGUAUGAGCCGUACGGGCUGCCUGAUGUCGUGCAGAAAGGCUUUGCAGACAUUCCUUCCGGGUCUUUCUGCCCACACGUCCUGCGGCGAGGGAUUCUGAAUUCCGCACUUUGUCCCCAGCAACAGGAGGAAGGGCCGUGCGACUAGCUUCGGGGCUGCAGGCGGAGAUGGCGGCAAGCAAAAUCGGUACAAAAACGAUGAGCCGUGUCUGGUGGAAACGAAGGCUUCCACGCGAUGGCUGUCAGAAAAUAAGAACCUGUUUACAGAGUAACACGUACAAAACACUGAAGUAACUCGGCAGAGUGGGCAGCAUCUACGGAAGAGAAGAAACAGUCGGUGUUUCGGGCCGAGACGUCAACAGUUUAUUUCCCUCCAUAGGUGCUGCCUGACCUGCUGAGUUUCUCCAGCGUUUUGCCAUGUGUUGCCUCGGGUUUCCAGCAUCUGCAGAAUCUCUUGUGUUUAUGGUUUACAGGUCCUUAUUAGAAUAAGAUUAAUAGAUUUGUAACUUGUAAAAGAAAAAUUGUAAAUGAUUUAUAGCGGAAGCCCAGGUUCCUGGGUCUCUUUCUCUCAAAGGUAUCAGAAUUGAAUUUGCACAACCAUUGACUCAACGUGGGUUAAUGUGGAUUUUGUUACUGAUGUUUAAGUCAAGUCAAGUUUAUUUUCAUUUAACUAUAUACGUGUAUGACUGUCAAAGGAGAUGUUUCUCCGGACCGAGGUGUAAAGCACAGUAAUAUACACAACAUAAAAUAACUUAUGAACAUAAGGGUGAAAUCUACAGAUGAAUCGCUAAUAAAUAACAAACUAAAGUACAUUAAUAUUAAAUACUGUCAGAUACAGAACAGAUUAACCGGUGACACUUCGAAUGCAAUGCGGCACGGAGUUCAGAAUCCUAAUGGCCUGAGGGAAGAAACUGUUUCCCAUCCUGGCCGUUCUUGUCUUUGUGCAUCGGAGUCUCCUGCCUGAUGGUAGAAAGUCAAAGAGGAUGCUGGAUGGGUGGGUGGGAUCCUUGAUAACACUAAGGGCCCUGUGUACACAGCGCUCCUGAUAAAUGUCCCCGAUGGACGGUAGGGAGACCCCUAUGAUCCUCUCGGUCGUUCUCACAGUCCUUUGCAGGGACUUCCAGUCCAAUGCUCUGUUGUUCCCAUACCAGAUGGAGAUGAAACUUGUCAGGAUGCUUUCAACUGAGCUCCUGUAAAAUGUGGUUAAGAUGGGGGUUGGGGGGAGCUUUGCUUCAAUCUCCUUAGAAAGCGGAGGCGCUGCUGUGCCUUCUUGUUCAGGGAGGUGAUAUCAAGGGACCAGGUGAGAUAAUCCGUGAUGAGAACUCCUAAUUUAUUUCAAGUUUCUUUUUGAUGUUCAGUGAAAAUUAAUCUUUUUGGUGCAGCCCUUUGCAGAGAGAGGUGCCUGUGCCUAUUACCGUCGAUACAGUACUGGAGGUUGUUACAAGAAUUGACAGGAUCACACUGUUGUGCGAAGCAUCAGUAAGAGGCAGGCAUUCCUCAUCUAUAAAACAACCCAAGUCCAAAAAUAAAAAAAUGCCCAUUGCAUCUCCUGACCGAUUGUUAUUAAUGUAAUAUUGAUGUGACUCGGACACCGCCGUAGAUUGAACAACUCCUUUCCACGUCCUGACGUCAUACGCACUCAGACGCUAGGAAUACUCACACAAUACAUUACAUCCUCCUUCUCAAAAUUUUUUUUACAACACUGUGAAUUACCAAAACAAUGUCUCUAGGUAUGCCCUUCUUACAGUGGAACAACCAUGGCAUAAACUAAAAAAAAACUUACCUUCUUGUACUGUAUUCUGCAUUGUAUCUUACAAUACUAACAGCAGUGUAUUUUCUUUUACUAACAUAGACUAAUAAACCUUUCAUUAGUCUCUGUAUCUAGCUGGAAGUUUGACUUGUCUCCCAGACCGUGUGUGAUGCAACUGUGACUGUGCUUGACCUUCAUCCGUGUCAGUCUCUCCAGUGACCUCUGUGUCUUUGGGGUCUGCAUCACUCUUGGUGUCGUUUGUUUCCAUGUCUGUAUAUGUGGAAAUGUCCUGUGCAUCUGUACGUGGAAACUCCCUCUCGCCUGUCUUCAGCAGAUGCUUCCUGUUCCUCCUGUUAGACUCUUCCAUCCGGCGUGCAAACUAUGAAGGAUCUUGGUUGCUGAUGUCUGUUCACAACCACAGCUGGUUGCCAAGUGUCUCCUCUCUGUAUUCUGACAUUUUAACCGGUAUGCAGAUCUGGCAACUGUAUUGUAUGUCUGUCAUAGUAGUCCUUUUGCUUUAUUUGCUUGUACUUUUGCUUGUCACGUACUUGAGCGUUACCUUCUGGAGUCAGUAGAGUUGUGGAUGUUGGCAGUUUGGACUUCAGACGACGUCCCAUCGACAGCUGCGCAGGAGAGAAGCCCACACCCUCGAUCGGUGUGUUGCGGUAUUCAAGCAGAGCAAUGUAAGGGUCACCGUUGCUGCUUUGUGCCUUCUUGAGCAUGUUCUUGACAGUUUGUACAGUUCUCUCUGCUCGUCCAUUAGACUGAGCGUGCCCUGGACUGGAAGUAACAUGUUGAAAUUCCCAGCUCUCUGAGAACCCUCUGAGCUCACCACUGGCAUAUUGUGGACCAUUGUCACUAACGACAAUAUCAGAAAUACCAUGUCUUGCAAAUGUCGACUUCAUUACGGUAAUGACACCUCGACUGGAUGUGUCACUUAACUUGGUGUUCUCCGGAUAUUUUGAAUAGUAGUCCACACAAAGCAGAUAUUCUGCACCAUUGUAGUGAAAGAGAUCUGUGCCAAUCUUCUCCCAUGGUCUUCCUGGUUGUGGGUGGGGAAGCAGAGGCUCUCUUGGAUUGCUGUUUUUGUUUUCAUGACAGACAGCACACUGAGACACAAUGUCUUCUAUCUGCGUUGACAUGCCUGGCCAAUAGAAAAUGUCCCUUGCUCUUUCUUUACAUUUCACUAUCCCCAGGUGUGACUCAUGAAUCUUGUUGAGCAUUUCCUGUCUCAUUUGGUUUGGUACGAUGAGUUUUGCCGUUUUAAACAUUAGUCCUGAUGCAUAGCUGAUUUCCUCUUUAAAUGUCCAGUAUUUCUGCAUUUCCUUUGGAACAUCUUUCUGCUGGCCAUCCAUUCAUUGUAAUGUCUCUUAGCAUUUGCAUUUCAGGAUCAUCUGCAGUCGCUUUCCUGAACAUGUUCAACUUCUCCUCAGAGAUGGGUAGCUGAGGUGUAACCCAGUUGACCUCCAGCUCUCUUCCUAGCAACUCUUCCUUUUGCUCUUUGAGGUAAGCACGGCUCAAAGCAUCAGCGAUGUACAGUUCUUUUCCUGGCUUAUGGGUGACUGUGAGAGUGUACCUCUGUAGCCUGGGCAGCAUCCUUUGCAGCCUCAUAGGAGCCUGGUGGAGUGGCUUUUUGAAGAUGCUCUCAAGUGGUUUGUGAUCACUCUCAACCUGGAUUUCUUUGCCAUAUACAUAUUGGUGGAAUUUCUCACACCCAUAAACUAUGGUGAGUAAUUCCUUCUCGAUUUGAGCAUAUCGGCAUUGGCAGUCCGUAAGUGCUCGUGAACCAUACGCCGCAGGCCUCCCAUCCUCCAGUAUAACAGCUCCUAUUCCCUCCGAACUGGCAUCCACAGACAUCGUCACUGGUAUAUUGACAUCAUAGAACUUGAGUGCUGGUGCAUUGGUAACCAACUGCUUCAAUGUGUCAAAACUUUUCUUUUGUUUGUCUUCCCAAUGCCAUUCAGUUUUGCUCUCUGGUAGCUUUCGGAGUGGAGCGCUGACCUCUGAUAAGUUGGGAAUGAAUUUGGCAAGAUACUGUAUCAUGCCCAUGAACCUCAAUAGUUCUUGCUUGUUCGUCUUUGGGUGGUGGUAGCUGUACCACAGCUCUGACCUUUUCAUCAUCUGGUUUUAGCCCAUCAGCACUGAGCACAUGACCUAUCUAUUUGAUCUCUGUAGUUCUGAUCUUACGUUUACUUUUGUUCAGUUUUAGGUUGUACUCACGUGCUCUCUCCAGGAGCUUCCUCAGUCUCUGAUCAUGUUCCUCAAUUGUGUCAGCCCAUAUCAGCAAAUCAUCAAUGAUAUUGACCACCCCGUCCAGGCCUUCAAUCAUUUGUGCCACGGAUCUCUGGAAUACCUCUGAUGCAGAAGAAAUCCCAAAGGGUAGACGCAGGAAACGAUAUCUCCCUAUGGGCAUGUUGAAAGUGCAUAAUUUGGAACUUUCUUCAUCCAGCUUGAUCUGCCAGGAGCCUUGAUUUGUGUCUAAUACUGAAAAGUAUUUUGCAUUAGGCAUGCGGGAGACAACCUCUUCAACCGUGAGCAGCGGAUAGUGCUGUCUUUUGAUGGCUUGGUUGAGAUCUUGUGGAUCCAUGCAAAUCCUCGUCUUUUUUUCUGUGACCACUGUCACCAUACUAUUCACCCAGUCGGUCGGUUCUAUUUGUCUUGUUAUGACUCCCAUCUGUUCCAUUCUGUGUAGCUCCUCCACUACUCGAUCCCUGAGAGCUACUGGAAUCUUUCUCAGGGCAUGCACGACUGGUGCAAUAGUUGGAUCAAUCCGGAUAUGGUGUUUCCCUGGUAAACAUCCUAAUCCAGAAAACAAGUCAUCAAGUCUUUGAGAAUGUCCAGGCCUAGCUUUGUGCAUGUUGCUUUGCCCAGUAUUGCUGAAACAUGUUGCUGUACUAUUUCAAACUCGAUCUUGUAUUUUUGACCUUUGUAUACACAGGUGAGUGCUUUUUAUGCCCAGUGGCGCCAUCUUGUGGUCGAAAUAUGCAACAAGCUUGCAGGUGGAUUUUUCCAGUCUUCCUCUGAUGUCCAGUAAGUUGAAUGUUUCUGCCGACAUUACAUUGCACUUUGCCCCAGUGUCAAGCUUAAAUGUCACUUUCCUCCUGUUUAUUAUCAGAUCUUGGGUCCAAUCAUCUUCAUCCUCCAUCUCUGUAUUGUCAAUAUUCUUGAUGCAUACCUCCUGAUCCACUUCAACUGUGCCAAUGAGCAUGUUACUGUUGCCCCCACUCUGUUCCACAGCGUGCAUUUUCCUUGCGUGCUCCUUCAAUCUGCACACCUUUGCAAAGUGAUUUCUGGCAUAACUUGCAUGUCUGACCAAAGGCUGGACAUUUUCUGUAUCCAUGUUUAUAACCACACCUGUUGCAAUUAACUUCCUUUUGAUCAUCCUGUGGAGCUGGCUUUGUCCUAUUCUUGUCAGUUUUCACAGUUUUUAUUUUGUGCACUUCAAUCUCUUUAUUGAGCACCUUAACCAGACUUGACGUGAUCUCGCUGGCACGGCAAACAUCAAUCGCCUUAUCUAAUGUAAGAUCCGCCUCUCCCAACAGCCUGCCUCUCACUUGAUCAUCUCGUAUGCUGCAUACAAUCCUGUCACGUAUUAAAGAAUCAUGCAGUUGUCCGAACUCUCAGUCUUUUGCCUUGCUCUUCGAAUCUGUUACAUAGGCGUCUAUGGUCUCCGUUGGUCCUUGAGCCCUCGUGAAAAACCGGUGUCGGGUGAACGCUAAGUUUUUUCUCGGUUCGCAGUAAUCUUGAAACUUUUUUUUCAACACUUCAAUUUUACCUUGCUCAUCAUCUUGGAAGACAAACGUGUUGCAAACCUUUAUUGCCUCUUCUCCCGCCGCGUGCAGAAACGUAGCACCUUGCACUUUCUCCGUCUUUUCAGUUACGCCGCUAGCGGUGCAAAACGGCUCAAACUUCUGGAUCCAUAUUUUCCAGUUCUCAGCAAGAUUACCUUGUAGGCUUAAACUUGACGGUGGCUGUAACUGUGACAUCUUUUACGUGUCUUCUCUUCCUUUUUAUUUCUCGCGUUUUCUUCUGACACCAUGUAAUAUUGAUGUGACUCGGACACCGAUGUAGAUUGAACAACCCCGUUUAUUCAUCAGACUUCCAUUUUUAAAACCCUUUUCCACGUCCUGACGUCAUACGCCCUCUGACACUACGAAUACUCACACAAUACAUUACAAUUAGCAGACUUCCUCCACCUCUGGCACUUCACAUGGAGUUGAAAAUGAGAGGAGAUUUUCCCUUUUGAAGAUAACAGGGCACAUCUUUGCUGCCUCUGUGUUUUCCCCUCUGUCUCCCUCUAAAUGUAAUUUUACUGACUACCUAUAUGCUUGGGGCAGGUUCUGCUGUGGCCUAGAAGAGGGAAUUGGAUAAAACAUAUGAUGAAGAUGUGGAAAGUUACAGCGAGACAUGUAUUUGGGUGCCAACAUAGCACGUCCAGGUUGCUGUGCAGAAAAACGCAAUGUACCAGGCAACAACAGCAAAACAAGACCUGUCCCUCCCUCCCUCCUGCCUAGGCCCUCACCCAUGUGCAUUACACAAUCCUCUAACCCCAAGGGAGGGCAGCUUCGUCUUCCGGUCUUCAGCGCCUGUGGAUUGCCGGACUUUCUAGGGGCUGUCCCCAUCCGGUACACAACCUCUUCUCACCAUUACCAUCACGGAGGAGAUACAGGGGCCGGAAGACCCACUCUCAACGCUUCAGGAACGGCUUCUUUCCCCUUUGCCAUCAUUGGUCGAUGAGCACAGCCUCAUUAUCCCGUACUUCACACUGUUUGUUUAUGGAAAUGGGAUUGGUAAAGGGCUAGCAUGGAUGUGAUGGGGCAAAUGGCCUGUGCUGCAGCCAUUCGGUGACUUUAAAGCAUUUUACUGUUGUUACAUUGAGAUUCUAAUCAGUCUCACCAAUUCACGUUGAAUACAGGUAUUUAAUUUAAUUCUUUGUGUUUUCCUGAUCAAUAAUAAGGCCACCUCAUAUUUUGACAAAUGGGUACAAAAUUAUAUUUUAUGAGGCCUCAUAUGUUGAACCAAAUUUAUUUACAAAGUUCAAAGUAAAUGUUACUAUCAAAGUACAUACAUGCCACCGCAUACAACCCUGAGAUUCAUUUUCCUGCGGGCAUCCCCAGUAAAUCUAUAGAAUAGUAACUGUAAACAGGAUCAGUGAAAGAUCAACCAGAGUGCAGAAGACAACAAACUCUGCAAAUGUAAAUAUAGAUAAAUAGCAAUAAAUAACGAGAAUGUGAGAUAAAGAGUCCUUAAGGUGAGAUCAUUGAUUGUGGGAACAUCUCAAUAGUUAUCCCCUUCAAGAGCCUGAUGGUUGAGGGAUAGUAACUGUUCCUGAACCUGGUGUUGCGAGUCCUGAGGCUCCUGUACCUUCUACCUGAUGGCAGCAGUGAGAAGAGAGCACGGUCUGGGUGGUGAGGAUCUCUGAUGAUGGAUGCUGCUUUCCUAUGACAGCGUUUCAUGUAGAUGUGCUCAAUGGUGGGGAGGGCUUUACCCGUGAUGUACUGGGCUGAAUCCACUACCUUUUGUGGGAUUUCUUAUUUGUAAAAAUAGGUGUUGGGAUCUUGUUUAAAGAUUUUAUUUAAUAAUGCAUUCGAUGUGGAAUUUUCUCAAAUGUGAAACCACCUCACCUGUAUGGCUUAUUUUGAUAGCCAUUGUAUACAAAUUCGUCACAUUCAAAUUAUAUUUGCUGUAUGGGUGGAGUAUUGUAUUAUAUGCCAAAGCCAAUCUAUUCUCGAGUAUUAUUACUUUCUUUGUGCUGACCACGUUCAAAGUUACACAUGCUGCUCUUGACACUUCAGAUUUGUGGUAAGCAGCCCCACAGAUGAAAUCUGGAAGCAAAUCGGAUAUUGUGCGAUACAAUUACCAUGUUGGACUUUCAUCUCAAGAAAGAAACAAACGUCACUUUUUCUAAUGCUCCUGUUUGUAUCAGUCCUCAUGCAGAGAGAGGUUAUUCAUCGCCCACUGUAAUGUUCGUUGGAUUUUGAUUCUGAAUUACCAUUGUGUUCUUUCAACCCAAUUAAUUGUCAAAGUUGCACAGUUCCCCAGCUGGAAGAAGUCUGCCGACUCUGAAGCGGACUUCUAUCUGAGCCAGCAACCAGCAGGUGUCAUCGUUUACCACAGUAUAAAGAUUGCUCCAUAAAGGGGAGUGAAUCACCCUGGGGAUGUCUCGAGCACAGACUUGAAUAUUAAUCUAGUUUAUGGUGGUAACAUAAUCAGAUCUUCAAUCAGCUGUUCUUGGGCUUCCAGCCGGGUACAGGUAUCAGUUAUAACUGAUGUAUUGAUGACAAACCUGGCCAUCUUCAUCAGGGAUGAUACCUGGGUUUGUUUAGCCCGGUGGUAUUUAGACCCCCAUCGUCCGUCCCUCUUGAUUGGUUAGCCCUCAUCCAAUCAGGUUUCUGCUCUCCCACCUCAUUUACAAUCGAAUUCCAGCUCUUACUUAGAGCGAGACUUCCGUCUUUGUUAAAAUCCUUUUCCUCUGGUUUUAUUUCAAUGGCUUCCUUCACCAGACGGUCCCAAAAGCCACUGGCAUGGCACAGUAGUUUUGUGCUGUCGAAGUCAAUCCUAUGGCCAUUGCAAAUGCGAUGUUCUGCUACAGCCGAUUUCUCCAGGUAACCCAAAUGGACACACUUCCUGUGCUCCUUGAAGGCUGGAAGCCCGAGAAGAGUUUAUUUGUCAGAUAUGUCGGUUAAAACUAGAUCUAUAACUAUAGCAUUGUUGGAAUGGUAAUAUAUCCAGUCUAGUUAAUUUCCCCCCAUUCUGAAUGGGGAUACCAUACUCCUAGAUCAAUAAAGCACUGCUACUGAGAGGUAAGUGCCCACCUGCACUUUGUUAACCACAUCCACUCUGGCUACAUCAGGCACCUGAAGCAAAUCCCCACCCUCCCUCCGUUGAAGUACACACUGAUCAGUACAGAUCAGGAUAGGCCCUUCAAACCACGAUGUUGUGUCGACCAACUCUAGUAUCAAUUUAACCCUUCCCUCCUGCAGAACCUUCUAUUUUUCUGUCGUCCACAUGCCUAUCUGGGAGUUUCUUAAGGGCAGCUGAUGCAGCUGUCUCUUACAGCCACCCCUGGCAAGGCAUUACACUACUCGCCAUUCUUUGUGUUAAAUCGCUUACCUCUGAUAUCCCCCCACCCCCCAUACUCUCCUCCAAUCAACUUAAAAUUAUGCUCCUCGUAUUAGCCAUUUCUGCCCUGGGCAAAAGAGUCUGGCUGGCCACUUAUCUAUCAUCUUUUAUACCUCUCUCAAGUCACCUCUCACAAUCCUUAGCUCCAAAGAGAAAAGCUCUAACUCACUCUAUCUUCAUACACUGUCUAGUCCAGGCAGCAUCCUGGUAAAUCUCCGUAACCUUGCUAAACUUCACUGGCAUUCCUCUGGUGUGGUCACCAAAAGCAGCGGGGGUCGGAGGUGGUAGGCCAGGGCAGGUGGUGUGGUCACUUGAUGCUCAGGAAUGCAGCCUGGUCAGUGAGUAAGUUUGGGCUCAUUGCCGGAGACUGGUGCACCUGCUCUUUGUGUGUCAAUGCCGCAAGUUACAACGGAAGACGGAAGCUAUUGUCUCUGUCUUACCUUAUCUGCACACCUCUCAACCCAGCCUGGCGAUUUCUAUACGGUCAUCAUCAUCAUGUGCCGUGUGGUAUGACAUCAUCAUUAUCUGCUAUAUGACGUGGGCGAUCGUGGUCUACGGCCAUGAUUGUUCUUGGCAAAUUCUACAGAAGUGCCUUCUUCUGGGCAGUGUGUCCUUUCAAUACCGGUUGACCCCAGCCAUUAUCAGUACUCUUCAGAGAUUAUCUGCCUGCUGUCAGUGGUCGCAUAAUAUGUGAUUGUGAUAUACACUGGCUGCUGAUAUGACCUGCUCUCAUGGGGAAAGGCUAAGCAGGUGCUGCACCUUGCCCAGGGGUGACCUGCAGGCCAGCAGAGGGAAAGAGCACCUUACACCUCCCUUGGUGGAGAGGCAUCUCCACCCUGGCACCCAAAUGUACAGUAUAGGGUAUACUGGGCAACCUCGCUACAUGGGGGAGCAGGUUUGCUAGGUUGCUGCUGCAGCAGUACUGUCAAUAACACUUUGUACAGGAUUCUGUAAUGAUUUUUAACACUAAUUACAGUGUUGCUCUUGUUCUUGGGAACAUAUUCAUUGUGCAGCGCAGGGUACCCAUGUAUUUAUAAUCUGCAGGAAGCAGCCUGUUCAGUUUCGGGCUGGAGGGCCAUUUUUGGUGGUAUCAGAUGCUGCUUGAUUGUAUGGCAUUAGCAGCUUCUGUGGAAGCGUGUGAUGUACUCUGGUUGCCUACGUGAUAAGGAGGUUACUCUUCGUCUGCCAUUUGCAAAUGUUUAAAACACAACUAAGCACAGCGAGGCACCACCCAGUGGUUGGAUAGUUUCGACACCGGCCCAGAUAGUCUGGAAGCCCGAGGGUCGGGCUGAUUUCGCUCGCUUCCCCCGCGAACGCUCACUCCUUUCCCCGCGGGGCCGAGGCUGCGAACUGGUCUGGCUGCUCUGUGUUUUUGCCCCGCUGGUGAGAUGAACUGGGGACCCAGGCUUUCGGCCUACUCCGGCUGCUCCCGGAUCGGAUCUGGGACUCAGUCUGGUUCAGGAUGCCGUUGUCUGGCUUCUAUUGUCUGCAUGAAUGUGUUUUUUUCUCUCUCCCUCUCUUUCUUGGCGCGGUUGGUUUUGGUCUUUUUUUUAAAUCGGGUUAUUCGGGUUUCUUGUAAGCAGACAAAUCUCAAGGUGUAUAGUUUAUAUAUUCUUUGGUAAUAAAUGUGCUUUGGAUCUUUGAAUCAUCUGUGCAAGUUCAAAUUAAAUUUAUUGUACAAAGUACAUCUUGGUGUCACCAUGCACCAAGCCUGACAUUCGUUUUCUUGCGGGCAGACUCAGUAAGAUCAG